AUGGAUCCAACGACACUCAGACACAUUCAAGGCCCAUCUGGGAUAACAAAAGCAAAUAAACAAGGUCGUCGACCCGGCAAAAUAGCAUGCACAGCUUGUCACGCCCGCAAAAAGCGAUGCGAGAUCGCCCCGCCAUAUCACCAGUGCACGCACUGUCGCAAAGAAGGUCAAUUAUGCAUCCCGCGAGAUUCAAUUGAGAGCAAGACUUACAAAACCGUUGGAAGACGUACCCGGCAACAAAUACCCAACUACAACCACAAUAGCCAGAAAGCUAGUAAGAACGACGAUCAUCUCCACGUCAAUGGCUUUCUGCCAAAGGGGAUUGACCACGAAGUACCCCGCUGGAGUGCAAUGUAUUCGUCAUAUUGUGAGAUACGUCGGUUACUGCCUUCUCUCACUUCCACUUCCCCGUCCCCUUCGCCCGAGAUUGAAGAGGAGACUGUACACGUGCAAACUGUACCAAUUGAGAGAACGCAAAAUGUGUCUUUGUCAGGGCGGGACCCUGCCAGACACCAUCAGUCUGAGACUUUACAUAGGGAUUGUGCAGAGCCGGCUUCUAUCAAGGGCAUAAGCAUACCUGUUUCUCGGUCUCGAUCUUGGUCUCUGUCUUCGGCGCCCCCAGAUGAAAGAGUUGGGUUGGAGAAGUCAUCAGCUUGCGAUGCUGAGAUUCCGAGUGGAGACCUUGCCUCAGUGGACAAGGUGAAAGCUCCUAGUGGUGGUUCUCAUUCUGCCCAUGAUGUUUUUAUGACCGAUCUCGAUGCUUUGCUUAGAUUUUGA